UCUAUUUCUCGUCACGUCUGUGCCUGUUACCUGUUGGUAUCUGAAUGUUGUUGAGGCUCAUUGGUUGGUUUGGGUAACAAUGUAGCUAGCUAGCCAUUUAGCGGUUGUCUUGAGCCUUUUCUAGUGUCCGUAGCUUAUCUGUGUCGUACGUAAACUGCUAUUCUGAUUACUUUUUUACAUUAAAAAAUCCAGUGGAACUUCUGUACUUUGCAUUUGAACUAAUGAGUAGAGUCUGUGGCUAUUGCUAAUGAAACAGUCGUGGGGGGAUGGGGAGGAGCGGGAAAUCUCUCGGCAGCUACAGCUCCCGGCUAGGUAAAGGAGAUGAAAAGAAAAUUAAGACGCUUAAAGUAUUUAAAAUGUCUUAAAUCGAUCUAUUAAAUAGAUCUAAAUAGGGCAAAUAGAUCUAAAAAUGUUACUUGUACUUUUACUAUCAUUCUGUUGUGGAUAGUCAGCACAAAUAUUCAGAUUAUAUAUAAUCUCUUUUAAAUAUUGGCUUCUAGGCCAGUGUACAAUCAUUAGCAAACCAUUAUAUACAUGUUUUAACAUAGAAAGGUAAACAUUUCAGGUGAUGACCCCUUUAAAAAGUUCACCCAAAAACUGGAAUCUACAUGUGUUCAAAUUUUUUCAUCAUGUAUGUGUUUGCGUGUCAGAAUCAAAUUCUUGUGUUUCUUUUUAACAGAGUGUACCAUAUCUGACGAAUGCGCAUCACAGCUUAAAGAAUGGUUAAGAAACAAUUGCCAGCCCCUCAGUCAGGUACAGGACUAAAUGCAAGACACUGCAGUCUACAGGGCCAAGUGCAUUAGGGACAACAAUUGGACCAUCUACCAGAUCCUCCAAGAAUUCCCUCGCCUAAUGAGCAAAGGCAUGGACUUUCUUAUCCUGCAUGGGGAUGCUUCAUCAAAGUUGUUUGAAACUUGGCUACCCAUUUAUGCGGAGAAAAUCCUGUACCUGUCAAGACGGGAGGGAAAGCUGAUCUCGUCCCUGGAUGGGUUAACACAAGAUGCCAUUGGUGAACUCAGCCUGAGGCAGUUGCCAUCCUUGCUCCCUCCAACUGCUUACAAACUCGGCCGUGGCCACAGUGCUAUAAUGGUUCGCCACACCACUGAAGAAUGUAACUUGGCCUUCAUCCACCAUAAACCUCCUGGAACCAACAUGGUGGAAUACCUCCACGAGGCCAAGGCCACAAGACCAUUCCCCUAUGUGCUGACGUUGGGAAAUGAAACACAGCAUGUGUCUCAGGCCUUUGUCAUCAUUGCUGGCCAGGCUGUGGAACAUGACACACUGCUUCAGGCCGUCGAUGCCUGCUUCAAGGCAUUCUUUAUUUUAGACAGUGAAUACCCGAGGCAGUGUGAACACGUCUGGAAAUUCCUGCAAACCACCGUCUAUGAAAUCCCAGGAGGGGAGUCGAAACUAGUAAAGUUUCUGCAGAGUAGAAUACGUGCUAGCAAAAGAAGCAAAUAGGUAUUUGUAAAAUGUACUCUUGACCAUUUAAAUGUUGUUUUUUAAGCACUGAGUUACAUGUAUUUCAGUGUACAUUGUUGCAGUUCUUGAUGUGAAGUGAUUAGAACUUUUAUAUUGUUUACAUUUAUAUGAAUAAAUUUCAAGGCAGUGCCUUGUAAAGAUUUCAGUAUUGUUGAAGUUUUAUUGUAUUGUAUAUGCUUUACGUGACCAAGUCUAGCAUGUAUGUUUUGAUAGUUGAGUGUGGAUAGGUGCAAUUUUCUGUCUUCCAAAAUGCACUGUAUGUAAUGAGUUAGAAAUAAUUUGGCAUAUUGACCAAACAUUUGGAGUGAUUACUGAACAUUAUGUUGUUUAAACAACCCAUAGUUUUAGUAAUUUGACCCAGCAUUUAGGUAGAGUAAAUAACACGUAAGUGUGGUUGAAUUUACCCAGAUUUGUGGCUAUUUUGACCCAGAAUUUGGGUGGAAUAUUUAACUCAUCUGCUGGGUUAAAAUGGA